AUGAUAUGGCGAUGCAGUGCUGGUGCUGAAUUGUUCUCUCUGAUGGCUCUAUGGGAGUGGAUAGCACUGAGUCUUCAUUGCUGGGUUUUAGCAGUUGCUGCUGUUUCGGAUCAGCAUGCCACAAGCCCCUUCGACUGGCUCCUCUCUGAUAAGGGACCCUUCCAUCGCUCACAGGAAUACACAGAUUUUGUGGACAGAAGUCGACAGGGAUUUAGCACAAGAUACAAGAUUUACAGAGAGUUUGGCCGCUGGAAAGUAAACAAUCUUGCUGUUGAAAGAAGAAAUUUCCUUGGCUCCCCACUGCCACUUGCCCCUGAAUUCUUCCGUAACAUAAGGCUACUCGGACGCCGCCCGACCCUUCAACAGAUCACAGAAAAUCUUAUCAAGAAAUAUGGGACACAUUUCCUACUAUCAGCUACCUUGGGAGGAGAGGAGUCACUCACAAUUUUUGUGGACAAACGGAAGCUGAGCAAGAGGUCAGAAGGAAGUGAUCCCAGCACGAACAGCUCUGCAGUGACUCUGGAGACCCUGCACCAGCUCGCAGCUUCCUACUUCAUCGACAGGGACAGCACACUGCGCAGGCUGCACCACAUCCAGAUUGCCUCCACUGCCAUAAAGGUAACAGAAACACGGACUGGUCCUCUUGGCUGCAGUAACUAUGACAACCUAGAUUCUGUCAGCUCUGUUCUGGUUCAGAGUCCUGAAAAUAAGAUUCAGUUGCAAGGUCUUCAAAUCAUCCUGCCUGAGUAUCUGCAAGAACAUUUUGUCCAGGCAGCUCUGAGCUAUAUCGCCUGCAAUUCAGAGGGGGAGUUCAUCUGCAAGGACAAUGACUGCUGGUGUCAGUGUGGUCCCAAAUUCCCAGAGUGCAACUGUCCCUACAUGGACAUUCAAGCCAUGGAAGAAAAUCUGCUCCGCAUAAGUGAGACUUGGAAUGCAUACAACAGUGAAUUUGAAGAAUCUGAUGAAUUCAAGUUAUUUAUGAAAAGGCUGCCCAUGAAUUAUUUCCUGAACACAUCUACUGUAAUGCAUUUGUGGACAAUGGAUUCUAAUUUUCAACGUCGCUAUGAGCAACUAGAAAACAGCAUGAAGCAACUCUUCCUCAAGGCACAGAAAACUGUUCACAAGCUCUUUGGCCUUAGUAAGAGAUGCCAUAAACAGCCACUCAUCCGCAUGCCAAGGCAGAGAUCUUCCAACUAUUGGCUGAACCGCAUCCAGUCCUUUCUCUACUGCAAUGAAAACGGCCUCCUGGGAAGCUUUUCUGAAGAGACUCACACAUGCACCUGCCCUAACGACCAGGUUGCCUGCCAUGGGUUCCUUCCCUGCACGGUUGGAGACGGCUCUGCGUGCUUGAGCUGUGCUCCUGACAAUCGCACCCGCUGUGGGAGCUGCAAUGCUGGCUACAUGCUGAGCCAAGGGCUUUGCAAGCCUGAAGUGGCAGAAUCGACAGAGCACUACAUUGGGUUCGAGACUGACCUUCAGGACCUGGAAAUGAAGUAUUUAUUGCAGAAGACAGACCGGAGAAUUGAGGUCCAUGCCAUUUUCAUCAGCAAUGACAUGCGCCUCAACAGCUGGUUUGAUCCUUCCUGGCGCAAGCGGAUGCUCCUUACUCUUAAGAGUAACAAGUACAAGUCUAGCCUGGUCCAUAUGAUACUGGGCCUCUCUCUUCAAAUUUGCCUAACUAAAAACAGCACCUUAGAGCCUGUUCUUGCUGUUUACGUCAACCCUUUUGGGGGCAGCCACUCUGAGAGCUGGUUUAUGCCUGUGAAUGAAAAUAAUUUCCCAGACUGGGAGCGGACUAAACUGGACUUACCCCUUCAGUGUUAUAACUGGACGCUGACUCUGGGCAACAAGUGGAAGACAUUUUUUGAAACUGUACACAUCUAUUUGAGGAGUCGAAUAAAGUCAAACGGUCCAAAUGGCAAUGAGAGCAUCUACUAUGAACCCCUGGAAUUUAUUGAUCCCUCAAGAAAUCUGGGCUACAUGAAAAUCAAUAACAUCCAAGUGUUUGGCUACAGCAUGCACUUCGACCCAGAAGCAAUUCGAGACUUGAUUUUGCAGCUGGACUACCCCUAUACUCAGGGAUCACAGGACUCAGCACUUUUGCAGUUGUUAGAGAUACGGGAUCGUGUAAAUAAACUCUCUCCACCUGGUCAACGUCGUCUAGACCUCUUCUCUUGCUUGCUCCGUCAUAGACUCAAACUGUCUACCAGUGAAGUGGUGAGGAUUCAAUCUGCUUUGCAGGCCUUUAAUGCCAAAUUGCCAAACACAGUGGAUUAUGACACAACCAAAUUAUGUAGUUAACCAUAAAUGUGAAGCACAACACAAAACCUUGAAGGAGUUUUUACAGUGCUUUUGUGGAACAGUUUAUGUUUGGAAGAGUAAAUUUAAAUUGUCUUUUCAAUAUCUGUCUUAUAUCAGUCAAUACUGUUGGAUGGCAAUUUACACACAUGAACUUGCUGACAAUGAAUAUAUUA